CGGUGUCGCUGGACUUCAUGGUUGGAAGCAAUGGAGGACAUGAGGAGGUGCGGUGCGACCUGGUGUGGCAGGGGGCGCGACCCCAGGGUGUAAUUCAGAUGAGCCCCGAGGAUUUCUGCCGUCGGCUGCAGAUCAAGGUCCCCGCACGUCAUGGGGGACCCUCGUACGAAGACUUCCAGCUGGAAUUGGAGGAGGCGGGCCACUGCAUGUCCGCGCACACAAGUAUACCGAACAGCAUCAACCUACACAGGAGAAGGAGCCACCACAGUCCGCCAUCCUUCCCGCCAACGUCCAGCGAAGCUUCGCCGUCUUCGCCAUCGGGGAGCAUUCACGGGGAUCGUGCCAUUCCAAAUGGCAUCUGCGUUGGAAAUUCUCUCGCAACUAGUGCUCUCUUUUCCAACGACAUAAGCGAAACUGUGCUUCGUCGUGUUGCCAGGAUGAUGGCCGAAGAGCUUCACGCGGUGCAGCAUCAGGAGCGAUUGGCCAAAGGCUCGAUUCGUGAUGUGGCUACGCAGACAACAGAACGCGGCGUGCGUUCCGUUCCGUGACGAGACUCUAUACACGAGGAGUAAGAAGACAUAAAGAAACGACGAAGAGAAAUAACGGCGCUCUUAUAGAGUGCCCGACUAGCCUCGACGACCUUGACGUCGUCACAUCGUGCCUUGGGAAAACGGGGGGUGGGGGGUGAAAUGAAUUGUGUGUGGUUGCCACGGUUAGUUGUGCCUUGC